AUUUCCGGAGCUCCACAGCGGCGGAUCUUCACUUUUGGUGUCUUCGUUCCCCUUGAAGGAUCAGGAUCAGCUGAACUGUAGAAGGACACUAGUUUAGAGUUUCUCAGUCGCGAAUUCCCGCUUCGCCUCGUGGCUGCGAUACGCCAACGGGGGAGAGAGAGUGGAGCUCUGUGUAAACAGACCCGAAUUUAGUAGCGAUUCUGGGGCGAAAGUCCGGAACACACACCGCAGCAAGAAUUAAUUGCCAUCUUGUUCCAAGUCUUUGCUCCUGUUGUCAACUUUCCUACCUGGCUGAAGUUUAUCUCCACAAACAUCCAAUCAGAAGAUUUUACAAUUAAAGUAGAACUUCUACUAGGUGGAACACAAGGCAUCCAAAAGAAUUUCCAUUUCAUACAAACAUUAAUUGGUACAUCACAGACCAAUGAUGCCGAAUCCAGGCAAGGAGAAUACUUACCACUGUUUAGAUUGUGGGAAGAGUUUUAAUCGAUCAAGUAAUCUCAAAAGACACGAGCGCAUUCACACAGGAGAGAAACCACAUCACUGUGCAGACUGUGGUAAGAGUUUUAUUUGUCGCAGUGCUGUCAAAAUACACCAGCGUGUUCACACAGGAGAGAAACCGUAUCACUGCUCAGACUGUGGUAAGAGUUUUAGUUAUCCUAGUUCUUUAAUAAAACACCGGAGCAUUCACACAGAAGGGAAACUGUAUCACUGCUCAGACUGUGGGAAGAGUUUUAAACGAUCAACUAAUCUCAAAAGACACGAGCGCAUUCACAAAGGAGAGAAACCACAUCACUGCCCAGACUGUGGUAAGAGUUUUAUUUGUCGCAGUGCUGUCAUAAUACACCAGCGCAUUCACACAGGAGAGAAACCGUAUCACUGCUCAGACUGUGGUAAGAGUUUUAGUUAUCAUAGUUCUUUAAUAAAACACCAGCAUAUUCACACAGAAGAGAAACUGUAUCACUGCCCAGACUGUGGGAUGAGUUUUAGUUAUCACAGUGUUUUCAAAACACAUUGGCGCAUUCACACAGGAGAAAAACCACAUCACUGCUCAGACUGUGGGAAGAGUUUUAAUAGGCGUAAUGAUCUCAAAAGACACCAGCGCAUUCACACAGGAGAGAAACCACAUCACUGCUCAGAGUGUGGAAUGAGUUUUAUUCAACUGGGUACUCUCAAAAUACACCAGCGCAUUCACACUGGAGAGAAACCGUAUCACUGCUCAGACUGUGCGAAGAGCUUUAAUCACCUGGAGAUUCUCAAAAACCACCAGCGCGUUCACACAGGAGAAAAACCACAUCACUGCUCAGACUGUGGGAAGAGCUUUAAUCAACUGAGUACUCUCAAGACACACAAGCGCAUGCACACAGGGGAGAAGCCGUAUUAUUGUUCAGACUGUGGGAAAGGUUUUCAUAGAAUGGGUGCUCUCAACAUACACAUGCGUGUUCAUACAGGAGAGAAACCGUAUCCCUGCUCAGACUGUGGUAAGAGUUACAGGAGUUUAGCUACAUUAAGGAAACACAAGUGCACCAAGAAAUAAGCAAUAACACUCCCAGAACAGAUUCUAAAGUAGACUGAGAUGGAGCAAUUGAAGAAAGCCCUCCUAAACUCUGUUAUGGAUCUUUAAUAUGUAAUCUCAAAAACACAUGGCUGUGGAGAUUGUUUUGAAAUUGUUUUGAGAUGUUGCGCUGAAGGCCAUUAUCAGGAUGCUUGUGCUAGGUUGUAAAGAACCAAGAAAUAAAAAGAAGUGAGAUCAGUUGGAAAUGUUUAUAUUAAUUAUGAAAUAGCCUUCAAAUGUUAUAAACCUGCUAAUGUUGUAUAGAUAAACAGAAGUAAAUAUAUUCAAUAAUUUUAUAUACAUGUACUUUAAAUAAAGUUUUUUUUUAAAUAUAAAUUACAUUAUUGCUUUGAUCACCAUGUGUGCUCGCUACCCUUCACUGUUCUUUUCUCUUAUUCUUUGUGGGUUGUGAAUAGGUUGACCUGUCUAUGAUUUUACUCUAUUUUACUGUAUUGUCUUACUUAAGUUAUCUGUAAUGCAAAAAAGUAUCUGUAAUGUAUUAAGGAUCUGUAAUGCUGAAAUUAGUUUUUAAGUAAAAUGUAAUAACUUAGAUGUUAAACAUGGACUCAUGGUUAUGAUUGUAGCGUUCUAUUCAGGGGAUAUAUGGUGAUUGAAAUCAGUAAUACAUGGUUGUUUACUUUCUAUUUUCCACAUCAUAGGUAUCAUUGUCGUAUGUGGUGUAAUUAGUAUUAGGGAUGUACAAAUCAUGUUUUAGCCUACGCUUACUAAAUUUUUAAUACAAUAUACAGUGCCCUUCAAAAGUAUUGGGACAAUGAAUCUAAUUGAAUAAGUCUCAAGACUUAACGAAAAUAUUAAACACGGUUGAUUUUAUUGCAGCACUAGGAUGCAAACCCUACUGGCUAAUACGGACCUUACACCUAGCGAUUUUAAGCGAUUUCACAGUCGCAGACACAAUUUCCAGAGUCGGGAUAAAAUCAUGUUAAUCUUGCUAGAGUUGAGCAGCAGUUGAGUCACGGUUGUGUCUUCUUGAUCGUUUAGUGUAAAGUGGUUAGGACUGAAAGUUUUAGGCAGUCUGGUUUGCAGUUAAUAUGCCUUAUAUGCUUCUUACUUUAAUAUGUACAGUAUGUUAAAGUAGCACUUUAAAGUCAUUAUAUUUAAAGUUAUUUUAUUUUGCACUACUUUGUCUUAUUGUGCAGUGUUAUUUAUACAAGUUUAUUAAUAACACAUUUUGCAAUUAAUAAUAUUGUGUAAUAUUGCAUUAAUUCUAUCUAAAACAAAGGCAAAUGUAUAGCAGUGAAACUGAUUCUUUGCUAUAGGGUUAAAACACAAAAUGUAUUCUAUUAAAAAUAUCUAAAACUUGCUGAAUGUAAACAUUCCGUGCUAUUUAUUGUUCGAACAAUGAAUGUAUCGGGACACACUUUGGCAAGAAACACACCGGUACAUGUUCCAGUACUUUUUCUGACAAGAAAAGUGGGUUGGUUCUGACCAAAGGUGCGAUCUUUUGAACUUUGUAUCAGAUUCAGAUGUAAAUAUAUCUGAAAAUAAAAGCUGAAAUGUU